CGGCGCGCCUGCGCGGCACCUCCCCCUGAGGGAGGCGAGAAGAUGGCGGAAGCGGAGUGAGCGGCUUGUCCGAGUUCUGCCAGGCUAGACGAACACUGCCCAGCUAUGGAGAAUGAACCAAACACAACAACAUGUUCUGCUUCUACAACUACUAUCACGACCACCUCCACGUCCCGGACACAGCUGCCACAAAUAUCUGUCUACAGCGGCUCUGACAGACAUGCGGUCCAGGUUAUUCAGCAGGCCUUGCAUCGUCCUCCUAGCUCAGCUGCUCAGUACCUCCAGCAGAUGUAUGCAGCCCAACAGCAGCAUCUAAUGCUGCAGACUGCUGCUUUGCAGCAGCAGCAUUUAAGCAGUACCCAAUUUCAGAGUCUGGCAACUGUACCACAGGCAAGCCUGUCAGGUGGGAGGCAAUGUACUUCCCCCACUGGGAGUGUCACUCAGCAGUCAAGCAUGUCGCAGACCUCGAUUAACCUCUCCACCUCUCCUACACCUGCACAGAUAAUAAGCCGUUCACAGACCUCCAACACCACCACCAGCAGUAUUACCCAACAGACUAUGUUGCUGGGGAGCACCUCUCCAACCCUGAGUGCAAGCCAGGCUCAAAUGUAUCUACGAGCUCAAAUGCUCAUUUUCACUCCUGCAACCACCGUGGCUGCUGUUCAGUCUGACAUUCCUGUUGUCUCAUCAUCUUCCUCAUCCUCCUGUCAGUCUGCAGCUACUCAGGUUCAGAACUUGACAUUGCGCAGUCAGAAGUUGGGUGUAUUGUCAGGUUCACAGAAUGGCCCACCAAAGAGCAGUAGUCAAGCACCAUCACUGUCUCUGUGUAAACCUGCAACCAGCUCCAAGGGCAGCCAGCCAGAUCCCUCAGAAAGCAAUAGAAAAGGCGAGAGCCCAACUCCAGAGUGUCGGAGUACACCAGUCACACGGACAUCAAGCAUACAUCACUUAAUAACACCAGCUUCAUAUUCUCCGUUGCAACCUCAUUCUUUAGUCAAACAUCAGCUUCAUUCACCACCCCCAAAAAUUUCCCAUCAUCAGCUGAUAUUACAACAGCAGCAGCAAGUCCAGCCCAUUGCACUCCAGACCCCGUCGGGUCAGGACCCCCCUCCAUCCCAGCACUGCCUCCCACUCCCAAGCCAUGGUCUUCCUCCGGCUCCCAGUGGUGUCCAGUCUCAUUGCUCACCUAUCCACAUCCAUCCUCCCCCUCUAACACUCUCUCCUACCCCAUCCCAGUCAGCUCAGCAGUCUGUAGUGGUGUCCCCUCCACCUUCUCACUCCCCUAGUCACUCACCCACAAUAAUUAUUCAUCCUCAAGCACUUAUUCAGUCACAGGCCAACUCCCUCGUGCCAACAGCUCUUCAGGCAGAGCAGGCUGCUCCUCAGCAAACUACCAGUCCAGUUCGACCGAUUGCACAGCCACUUAAUCUUCCGUCGCACCUUCCGCUUCCAUCCUCCCCGGCUGUACAGAUAGGAUCGGUGGAUCAGCCCAGCUUAGUUUCCCCAGGCCAACAGAUCGUGUCCUCGACACCACACCAGCAAUAUUCAGCCUUGCAGUCCACACCUAUCCCUCUUGCAGCUCCUCCUCAGCUGUCAGCAUCUUCAGCCCAGAUUCAACAACUGCCAUUGCAGUCUGUGCCGUCUUUACAAGUGCAGCCUGAAAUUCUGUCCCAGGGGCAGGUUUUGGUUCAAAACACUUUGGUUUCUGAGGAAGAACUUCCUGCUGCAGAAGCUUUGGUCCAGCUGCCAUUUCAAACUCUUCCACCACCACAGACCGUGGCAGUAAAUCUUCAAGUGCAGCCAUCGGUACCAAUUGAAACUCCAGUGAUUUACCAAGUGGAGAAUGUAUGUGAAGAAGAGAUGCCCGAGGAAUCAGAUUGUGUCCAUAUGGCAAGAACACCUACGCCCCCGACUUUGUCUCCACCGGCCAUACCCUUGGGGAAUGGAGAGACACUUAAUUCAGAAGAUCCUUUGUCAGAACAUGGGGGACUACCUUCAGUGACAUCAUCAGUCAGUGCCUCAGUAAUUAAAUCUCCAUCUGAUCCUUCACAUGCCUCUAUUCCACCACCACCUCUAUUGCUUCCAGCAGCAACAACAAGGAGCAACAGCACAUCAAUGCCCAAUAGCAUUCCUAGCCUAGAAAAUAAACCUCCACAGGCUAUUGUUAAACCACAGAUCCUGACCCAUGUUAUUGAAGGCUUUGUGAUUCAGGAGGGGUUAGAGCCAUUCCCUGUAAGUCGUUCAUCUCUGCUGGUAGAACAGCCUGCAGAAAAAAGAUUGCUAGUGGAGGGUCAAAUCAUGAGUGUUGUGUGUGUUGAAUCAGACUUGCAGAAUACAAAACAUGCAGACAACUCCUCGGACACAGAGAUAGAGGAUAUGAUUGCAGAAGAGGGACUGGAUGAAAUAGAAAAUGAUCUUCUGAAGUGUGAAUUUUGUGGAAAAAUGGGAUAUUCUAAUAAGUUUCUACGGUCAAAAAGAUUCUGCUCCACAUCCUGUGCCAAAAGGCACAGCCUUAGUUGCACUAAGAAAUUUGGGCUGUUUACAUCAGACAAGACCAGUCGUUGGAAUCGGAAAUCAGAUAGCCAAAGUCUUGGGCGACGCGGGCGUCGACCGAGUGGCCCUGAUGGGGCGUCACGAGAUCAUUUUCUUAGACAGCUUCCAAUUACUUAUCCAUCUGCAGAAGAAGAUAUGGCUUCUCAUGAAGAUGCUGUUCCGGCUGCCAUGACCACCCGUCUGCGAAGACAGAGUGAAAGAGAGAGAGAACGUGAACUUAGGGAACUAAGAAUUAGGAAAAUGCCAGAGAGCAUUGACUUGCUACCUGUGGUGCAAGCUGACCCGUCAGUAUGGACUGUUGAUGAAGUCUGGGCCUUCAUACAUUCUUUGCCGGGUUGUCAGGAUAUUGCGGAUGAAUUCAGAGCACAAGAAAUUGAUGGACAAGCUCUCCUCUUGUUGAAGGAGGAUCACCUUAUGAGUGCAAUGAAUAUUAAGCUUGGACCUGCAUUGAAAAUCUGUGCACGGAUCAAUUCAUUGAAAGAAUCCUAGGGUGUAAACACGAAGGUUUAAACAACAGUUUCUCAGUGACAGAACUGCCAGUAAUAUGCCAACGUCUUCACUGUGGCAUGAGUAUUACUGUGAUGUUUUGUUAAAAAUACGGGGGUUUCCCCACAUAAAGACUUUAAAAUGUUCCUUUGAAUUAUACCAGGUAGUCCUCUGUAGUUUCCAACAAUUAUUGGGUUCAUGGUAAAGCGUAAGUACUUUGAGUUGAAGUGGGAGUUCAUGGAAAAACAUGAAGUGAAAUAUGCUGUGAUAGGUUAAAUAUUCCCCAAAUUUAUAAUGUAAAUUUAAGGUUAAUACCCCACCACCCACCCAAGUCUAAACACCAUUUAAAUUGUGUUGCUGUAUUCUGAAAGUUUUUUCCCCACAUACAGCAGUUUUUGGACUGAAAUAACAGAAGUUUCCACAGAGCCUGUGGAAGCACUAAUAACAGUCAAAUGCUAUGCAUUUAGUUGUGCUCUCUGAGUUUCUUUUAGUCUUGAGUAAAUUGUUUGUAAGGAGUAGGUUGGCAGCCUGUUUCCCUUGUGUAAGCUUACCCUCAUCUCUUCCACUGUAGUAUUUUCUUGAAGUCUGGAAAUACCAUAAACCACAUAGAUGUCUCAGCAAAAUCCUCAUCGUCAGGCUACUGAAAUGCAAUGGCAUGACACUCUUGCCAGAGGUAACAGAAGCACAUGUUACUUUACUCUUUGUAUGCUGCUAUGCACUAAGAGGGCAUUAAGUUGUUAGGUAUGUAGUUUCGCACGCUGCUAGUUAAACUAGACCAGCAGUUCUCAAAUAGGGGUUCAGAGCGGAUCCUGAGAAGGUGUGAGAACACUCAGGGUUCAGGUUCCUAAAUGCCAAGGCGUAAGGGACUGAAAACUGCAGCCAGGUUGAGACAAGUGUACUUUAAAGACUGAGGGAGAGAAGGGACAGCGUAGCUCAGAUGCUUUUUUUCCUGAUACCUCUUCUAACUGGUUUUUCCCUGUAGUGCAUUCCCAUUGCCUCACUGGAAGCUUCCAAGCACCUUUUAGUUGUCCGCUGACUGAUGUGAGCUGGGCUUGCUGUAGUCUGAGGAAGGCACAUGGUGAGUUGCUCAAUGAGCUGCUGUCAGAGCGGGCUGUAGGAGCUGCUGCAGGAAAAGUGCCACCACCAGGCAACUCUGGGACAGAUCCCCAGGGGUCCUGCUUUGUCCCUCUGGCAGGAGAUUCUGACUUGGAUGCCACGGACCCAGGCAGUGUCUCCUUCCGUCUUCCUUCUCUCGCACUCUGUGCAGAACAAAUGUGUGUUUCCCUGGUUACUGACACUCUCAGAAGCUGCUUGGGCUCUGAGGCCUUUACAUCCCCAUCGCCUGUGUACAGAUGUUUGUGGAUGUAUUUUGUACCUUCUGUUCCCUCCCUUUUGCAGCUCUACUCCCCUGAAGUACACACCUAGAUCCCUAAGCUCUUGUAUAGGGAAGGAAGGGUAUGUGGGCUGAUAGAGUGAUGUAUAUUUGAAUUAAAGAUGUGUAUGUGUCUGCAAAUAAUGUAUUUUGUCUUUUAUGCAAAUUAAUGCAUAAUAUAUGAUUGUGUAGGGAAAUGUUCAGGGGCCCCCUAAAGUACUCCUGGAAAGAAGAGGAACUGACAUAAAGUUUGAGAACUGCUGACCUAGAUCAAAAGGAGUCAAUGCGCACACACUGGCUGAAAGGAAGGUUUAUGACAGGUAGAUUAAUAUGUGUAUUAUUUAACUGAUUAUUUAAAGAGUAAAUUGGGAUUACAGAAAAAUCUGUGCUUUAUUUUCCUUUAAUUAGUCUAUUGCUUUGUUUCUAUUAACAGACUUUCUACCAUUAUCUUCCAGAGAACAUCAUUAGAAUUAUGGUUUUUAAUUACAACUGUUUGAGCUUACUAAUAGGAGAUGUUAUUAAUAUUUUUAUUAACCACUGAAGCUCCAAGUUAUGACAACCCAUUGCUGUUACGUGCUAGUAUGUGGUGAGAGCUCUUAUCCAAAUGGCACCAAAGGCUUUAAAGGAUUAAUUGAUGUCUGGGUUUAUUUUGGAGGGAAAUUGCUAAGCACUUUCUAAUUUGUUUUUUUUCUGUCUUCAGUUAUUGUUGUCAAAUAAACUUCAUAGUUGAAGGUUCAACAUUUGGCAAUGCUCAUUUGAAAGUUAUUCAGAUGAUGGAGACAGUAGGUUCCCAUUUGUAGCAUUUCUGUAAGAUACACUGUGUAACAUAUCUAUAACAUAAGUUCUAAAGGAUGCAUUCUGUUUUGAUGAGCUAACUGAAGACUAAAGAUAUCUUAGAUAUUUAUACUUUGGCUUUUGUCUUAAAGAUUUAUUAUUUUUUAUACAAAAAUUUCCCUGGCUAAUUUUUAUUCUGUCUUCUGAUUGUAUUGUUCUUUGGCAAUGUAAAAAGUAGGUAUACGUAAAUGUGAUUUGAUAAUGGCUUAAGGCAUAUUUUAAAAUGUGGACCUACGUUACAAGUCUUAUGUAGAUCUACAGUUAAUCACAGUGUUGUUACGUGCAUGACAACUUCAUGGUUGUUUUAAUUUUGUUCUAUUAGAGAACUUCUACAACUAGUGUUUAUAUAUGACUCAGACAUAAUCACUGACAGAUGCCGGGAGCUCAGAGUAGACCUGAUAAACGCACGUCUGUUCUCGUUCUUCUGGUACGCUACGUUUUCUCUGUGGUUUUGGGAGACUCACAGAUAGUGAGUUAUGCUUUAAAUAUUCAUGAACGCAGCAACUAAGAAUGUGGGCCUUAUGCAUAUUGAAAGUUUUUUCUCCUUCACUGAUUUUGGCAUUAAGCAGGAAUUUAAAAGCAGGCACAGCUAUACUAACCUGUACUGAUACAAAUGCACAUGUAUUGGAGUGUUUGCCAGUAUAGCUGUGUCAGUUAAAUCUGUUUAAAAAAAAAUCACAACUGUACAUGAAAGUAGGCUGGAAAACUUCCAAGUGCAACUAAAGUCUACUUCAGAAGUUUUUUAAUUUCCUCAAAAAAGCAAUAUAAUACUGAAGAGUAACAUUUCCUCUAGAACCAUUUUGCAUACCAGUGGCUUGUUUCUGUUCAAGUGAGGUUUUGCCAGGCUUUUAGUACCAUUUUCCAUGGAUUUCCCCACAAAUUAAGCUAGAUUCUCUUAUAAAAGAGGAAGUAUUGCAGGUUUUAAUUGUCUGUUUUUUAACACUUGCUCCUGCUGGGUGUGUCUAGAAGAAAUCUUUUUUCAUUAUCUUUAUUUCCUGGGGUUUUGUAUUCUGUAUUCAGACUGCUGCUGUUGUGGGCUAUAUCUCAUGGUAAGCCCUGCAAUAUUUCAGUUCUUAUAGAAAGGAAUGUAGGAUGCUGUGGGAUCUUAGCUCAAAAGGGAGCCAGGUUGGAUGGCUCUUUCCCUUCUUUUUUGUCCUCUGAUGGCCAUCCUACCCUACACCUUAAUGCAAACAGCAGCAUUAGCUCAGGGCAAAACCCUCUUGCAGAGCACUGGUCUGAAUGUGACUGCCAAGAUUUCUUCCAGUAGAAUUGUAACUAUUACACUUGCCUCAGCUUCAGAGUUUAUUUGGGGUUUUAAAGAAAUGCAACUGAAUGGUCAAAAUGGGUAUGCAGGCUGCUUUAUCUGGCUUAUAUCACUCAGGAACGCUGAUUUGCAGUCAGACCAGAGAACUCCAGCAAGAAAGCUCAGCCAGCUCCACUUAUGGAGCUCUCGGCUGCUCCUUGUUCAAAAAUAAGCAUUGCAAAUGAAUUGCCUCACAUUUGCCACGUUCAUACGACUUUAUCACCUUGCUUAUAUAGAGAAUGACAAAUAACCAUCUUGUCAAGUUAAACUGUCAGUUGGCUUGGAUCACCAGAGAAUGUUUGAAGGGUUUUUUAACAGACUGCAUUGUAAAUCCAUUCUUUGCCCAUUAAUCCAUCAUAUUUUUUUCCAAAAAUGAAGUUCUUGAUGGAGGCUAAAAGCUUUGCUAGAUUCGUGUCAGUAAGAUAUCACAAACAGAAUGUGUGUGUCCUGCAAGCAUCCAUUUCUUCAUUCUAUCUUGUGAAAGCAGUUUUUUCCCCUGACUUCUUCUUGGACUAAACACAAGUAGGAAUCCAGUCUUUUGGACAGAAUAGAUGGAGUCCAUCAUAACUGCAGAUGUGGCAGCAAGAGGAAAGAAAUGGGAUUAAAAAUAAGUAUUUGAGCAGGUUUACGAUAGCUUUUGAAUCGCUUCUUUAUCUCUAUCUUAGCUGUAAGGAAGUGUUCAGGUAUAAAACCAUUUCUGAACUGUAGCUUGAACACAAGUUUAUGUAGUGAGGCUUGGCUGGGUGUAAUGUGUCGCUGCCUGGCGUAGUGGUUAAAACUAAGCUGAUUUCAGAUGACUGCUCUGAUUUUAGUGUCACAAUAUCUACACAGAAAUAUACAGCUCAGUAGCUUAAGAAAUUCCUUACACAUUGACAAAUGGAUAGCUCUAAGUGAUCAGAGAAAUCAGUGACAGCUGUACUGCGAGUCCCGCUUUUGCAAAUAAUUAAGACAUCCACAGAACUUAUAAUAUGAGCAGUUAUGAUUUGUAUCGAGACUAUUCAUAUUAAAAUUAAGGGCAUGUAUAGAAGCUUGCAGGGUUAUUACCAGUACUGCAUAGAGAUUUCCUGUUAGCAUAUAUUUAGAUAUAUUGUUGUCACUCACUAGUCAGACCUCUACUCAUCAGUUGUUCUAGGCUGCAGAUAAUGACUCUGCAAAAGAAUCAAUAUAGGAUAAUUUUUUUUAAACAUUCACCAAAAUUAGUUCAUUAGAGAUGGAAACUGACAUUUCAAUAUAUUUUGUUUUAAAUAUACUCUUUCUGUUGAAUGCUGAGUAGAACAGGUAUGAACAGAGCUAUAAAUGCAUAAUUUCAAUGUAAGGUGUUAAUAGUUGCUCAUAGUGAAUUAAUUUUUAAGUCACUCUUAUACAGUGAACUAUAGUUUCAGACAGGAAAUAUUGUGAGGACAAAGAAAUGUAAACUCAUUUAAUGCUUAAUGCAUUUAAGCUAAGCCUAAAUUAAGUUAAUUUUAAAAGAAUUUGCCUUUAGUCAUGAGAAUUUAUUUAGAACCUGUCAGUUCUAUGUAGUUACAUCCACUGGAUCGCUUUGCAUAUAGUGACAUUUAGGAAAAGAGAUGGUAAUUGUGAUACAGAGAAGUGCCUGCUGUGUAGAUGCUAUAUCUACUUUCUUUUUUGAAAAGCUGUCUUUAGUGUAGGCUAAGAGCUGGUGGGCAGCCUGUGCCCUGCGAUCAGAGCCCUGGACAUAGAUUGAGUACAAAAACAGGUAGCACAUGAAUCUGGCUGGUUUGCUUUUACCAUCUUCACCACUUCAGAGGGGCUCUAUCACAUGCCAUUUUCUUCUCCAUAUAGAUGUAUAUAUGUUUUUGCCUUGCUGGAUGUCAGCUGUGGUGGCUGGAGCAUUUUGUGUCCUACUUGUCCCCUGGGUCUCAUGGUUGCAAUUCCACAUGUGUUCCAGCCUCCAUCCUAAACUGCUGUGUAGGUUUGUAACCCCUCCAUUAAAGCUUACAUGCAGUUGCUCAUUCACUUGAGGGGUGUGUGUAUUUUUGGUGAUCUCUUACAGCUAAGUGGAAGGAAAAAACCAAAAUUCAGAGAUGUGAAUAUGCUUGUAACUGAAGGUAUGUAGGAAGGUAUGUAGGAAGCUUUUGUCGCUGUUGAUGUAAUUUUUCCGAAGCACAGUUCUAGGAGUCAGUGUUAUGAACAGUUUUCAAGUUAACAAAUUUUAAACUUACAGCAUGUAUUAACUUCCUGCUGGAUUGUCCAAAAUGACUGUGUACAGUAAGGAUCUGAAGAUAUUUUUUUCUAUCUAGGAAGAAUUAUAAUUUGUGCACAAUUGUACAUUCAUAGAAUAGUGAUCAUAAAUAUCGUUUAAGUGCAAUACGUAACACUUGAGCAUUUUAAUUGUGCAUAAAAAGCACUGUAUUGUUAUGUAGAGCUGUUGAAAGGUUUAUAGUAUUGUUCAUGGGUACUAAAUCAGGGUAUCCUUGCUGAUGAUGGGAUUAGGCGAGAAGCACAAACAUCAUUGAUUCAUGAGGCAUAUCUGUUUUUUGAAGACUUAUGUUCUCCUCCACUACCUGGGCAGUGUAUUGGCAGCCGGGACGUUGCCAUCCUGUGGCAGCUUUUUGUAAAGUCGACAUUUGAAAGAACAAGAAGAUAUUCUGUGCACGCAACUCCCUUUUUAAGCAGUUUUUGUGUUACUGUGUUAGCAAACCAGUACAGAUGAGGAAAAAUUUGUGUAAAAAAUGAAGAGGUUUAUUAACAAGUGCCAAAUACUUCUGUUUAGAGUUGAAAACACAUAGAAUAUCUCUUUAAAAUUAAUGUUGAUUUUUAAGGGAUUCUUUAUUUGAGGAGAGUACAGAGGUUCCUCAUAAAGGGUUAACACUUUAGCUGCUGUUACCAUUAAUAUAAAAUAAUCCUGUAAGAUAGACUGUGAAUUAUUUGAAUGGUAUAAAGCCAUUAGUUGCCGGCACAGCACGAAGUGAUGUCCAGAGUAGACACAGCAGCAGUUGUCUGUAGUUCUUAUUAUUUCAGAUAUUAGCACCUUCCUAGCAUAGCUUCCCUCCUCUUUCUGUCCAGCAGUGAAGCUGUAAUCCUGUUCUGCAGAGUAACAGAUUACAGUUACACAGCUGGACUUGAGGCUCAGUGGUAGGGCUUCCCAGAAGCACCAGAGAAAAGAAGUGGCACAAAGAGAGGAAAAGAGAUCAUCUGUGAGGAGGGUGAUAGGAUAAAGAUCACUUCACAACUGGUAGCUCCCUCCAUAAAAAGUCAGGGAUAAAAGCAGGCUUACAAAAAGAGCUACUAUUCAUGUAUUAUAUCUUAAAAUAGUUACUUAGCAGCAGGCUUAGACACCACAGUGGAUGCUACAUGAAGACCUGCAGUGCCACUGUUACCUACUCGGUGGGUGUAGCAACAGCCUAAAGGUUGAUGAAGUUUGACACUUUUCCCCAAAGAAUAUGGAAAAAUUAAUUUGAUAGUAAUACAGUGAUAUAACAUCAGUACCUUAAUAUUUGCUUUGUCUGUGUGUUGUGGCAUCCCUGUAAAAAAAUUAGAAGUUUAAAAACUUUGAAUGGCUUUAGAAACACUGCAGCAGCUAUGGGAAUUCUGUCACGUCAGGAUAGAUGGGGUUGUGUAAACUUUAAUUAUGGGUUGAGCUGAACCACACUGAUAAAUAAAAGACAGCAGCAGCCUUACCCAACUUCUUGCCGUUCCAGUUCUGUGUAUGUUAAUAAAUCAGAACAGAAGCAUCUGAAAUGCAAUUGAAAAUAACUUUGCCUUCAUCUGGUGUUAAAUGGAUUUUAAAAGAGGAAUUUUCCCUUGCCUGCCGAGUCUGUAGGAAUUAGUUAUUUCAUGAUCUUCUGAAAUGCCUGGUGCAUUGCUAUAUUUGAGAUAUUUGCUGGUUUUUAAAUGGAAUUAGGUUUUGUAAAUAUUUUGUCAACCCCAUUUCAGUGGGGCUCCAGUUUAUAUAAAACCCGAAGAAAUGCUGUGUCAAAGAAUGUGUUUAGACAUAGUUUAUCCUAUAGCAUCUCAAGUGCUAAAUAACAGCAAUUACAAUUUGAGAGAGGAGGGAGCAAUUGCUUAAGGUUGUUUUUUCAAGUUUUGUAUGUGCUUUCCUACUUUUAACAUGGAAAUAGAAUUUCCUCAAAUAAAUUUUCCAGCAUAAAGGAUGAAGUAAUUUGUGGUGCCAAACACUUCAAACUCUGUUGCUAAGCUUUGCCUCCUCUUAUUGCACUAGUUUUAAAAUUCAGUUAUUAUUUACUUCCCUUUUGACAGCCUUUUAAAAAUCUUUUCCCCAAACCAUUUUCUACUGUUUAAAAAUGCUCCUGUCUUUUUGAUUACAUCACUGAAACCUCAAAUGAAUUUACCAUAGACUGUGGCUGAAAAAAGCACUAUGUGGGGUGAAGUUAUAAAUCAGAGUGAUAAUUGGACUUUGAUAUAUUGCCAAAAUGUAAGAAUAUAUGGCUGAGGUAUGAUUGUGUAUUCUAUGGAGCGAUAUAAUGGAAUAUUCUUUUAUAAGCUAUUUUAGCCCAUGUAGUGUUAAAUUCUGCAAUUACGUCUAUGUCUAUAAUUGAUAUAUAAUGUAAAUUAUAACCCCGAAAUUAAAUUUUACAGUUGAAGAGCACACAGUGAACUGUGUAAAAAUAUGAUCUUGACUUUGUGAAUCAUUUUUUUAAAAAAGCACUUUCCUAUUACCAACUAGCAUGUGAAUGAAUUUUAGAUUCUCUCGUUUGUUAUGAUCUGUAGAAGUGAAAUUUCUUUAAUCUGUCUGUUAAUGGAUAAAUUCAUCGUACAACUGCUGAAACAAAGCACCUUAUACUAUGCUGCUUAAAUUUGCUUGUUAUUGCACCUUUUGUUAUCUGCAGAUUUUUCUUAAGGAGUAUUCUUGUGCGAUACCAUUGUUCCCUGUGGGUCUGAGUGAAUGAUUAACCAACCUACAGCAUCAUUUACUUACAUAGUUUCUAUUUCAAUACAACAUUGUAUUGUGAGGUCAGUGCUUCAGAAAUAAAUGCUACUUCCAUUUGUC